AUCAGGCACGCAAGGCCCCGCGAUUUUUUUCCGCUCCGGGAGUCCGGCUGCCCUUCUUGACUCGGCUGACUGGUCGAAUGGUGCCAUCCCGAGGUUGUAAGGCGCGUUCCUCACGACAUGCAUCAGCGGCAGGAAACUGGGAAACUUACGACAAGUUCCUGUGUCACAUGCACCUCAACACAAGCUCCUCAAGCAGAGGUGUGUCAAGACCCUCGCCAUCGAGAUGGCUCUCACUCCCGCCUCCAGGCCGAGGCGUACAGACUACCAAUUAGUAGAAUCAACUUCGGUAGGGCCCACCAAACGUAUAGCACAAGUGCCCAGCUUUAGUGAGAGCCCCCUGACUACGGCCGAAGGCCGCCCUCUCGGAGCGGGCUCGAUGGACUCCCUAAGGCUAAAGGGACAACACACACCCUCCGGUGGACGCCGUGGGACCAGUGUUUCAGGCUAACUUCGCCGAAGUGCCUCGAUCGGCUAAGAGGCUCGCUUCGCGAGGCGCCAACGGCGCGCCG